UGCAGUUUACUAAUGAGAGCCCAGUUCAGCGCACAAUUUUUGACAAGGUAGAGAGCCGCUUCACUCUUCCUCCACAAGUCAUUUCCUCAAACUGAGAGAUUUCCACAACUUCACUCUGACAUGCACAGCUACCGGGCGUUUCACCACUUCGGUGAUGAUCAUGCAAAUGCCUCGUGAAGAUGCCGCCUGUGGACGUGGCACAUGAGGACAGCAUGAGGAAACAGGAGGACUUUAAAAGCCAUGUUUUAAAUCUAUAGUUCAGGAGCAAUGGGCUGCUCAUCUUUCUUCGCGCGUGUCUCUACAUGACAGCCGUUCUAUCAGUCUGAAGUGUGAAGGAAAUUAAAAAAAACAAAACGCCAUGUUCAAACGGUGGCUGCUGACCCUGGUGAUGCGUGUCGGCCUCAUUGCGCUGGGACUUUGCACUUGUCUGCUGCUGUUCUACCUCCUGGCCUGCAAACCUGCGUCUCGUAGCAGCCAGCAGUCCGCGCUGUGGUCUGGAGGUGCCACCAGCAAGGAGGGGUACAUGGCCUUGUUGCAAGAGAGGGAGGACUCUCACAGACAUUACAUCAACAGUCUGACGAAGCAGAUAGCCCAGCUGAAGGAGGCUCUCCAGGAGAGGACGCAGCAGCUUCAGGAGUCCCUGGAAAAAGCUAAAGCCAGAGGGAUCCUGCCUCAGGGUCUGGAGAGUCUGCACAAAACCCCGACACAGUUUGACCUAAAGGAGUUCUUCCGCUCGCAGCUGCACCAGGCGGAGGUGAUUUCAGGUGUGAAGCUGCCCAGUGAAUAUGCGCUGAUUCCUUUUGACACUUUCACUCUGCAGAAGGUAUACCAGGUGGAAACAGGACUGACCAGACACCCAGCAGAGAGGCCGGUGAGGAAAGACCAGAGGGACGAGCUGAUAGCCACCGUGGAGACGGCUCUGCACGUCCUGAAUGGACCUCAGCAACAUGCGGACAACAUCAGGCGGAAGCGCACAUUCUCCCCUUCAGACUUCAUAGAGGGCCUGACUCGCACAGAGCGGAACAGAGGAAGCGUUUACGAGCUGAUGUUUAAAGGCGACGGGCCGCAGGACUUCACACAGCUCGUGCUCUUCAGGUCGUUCGGCCCCUUGAUGAAGGUGAAGAGCGAGGGCGUGAACACGCGCGGCAUGAUCAUCAACAUCAUCGUACCCCUCUCCAAGAGGGUUGACGCGUUCAGGCAGUUCAUCAACAACUUCAGAGAGGUGUGCAUCAAGCAGGACGGGAGGGUUCAUCUCACCGUAGUGUACUUUGGCCGGGAUCAGAUAGACCAGGUGAAGGCCGUGCUGGACCAGACCACCAGAGAGACUCACUUCAGGAGCUUCACACUGAUCCAGCUGAACGAGGAGUUUUCCCGUGGACGGGGCUUAGACGUGGGCGCCAGGGCCUGGAGGAAAAGCCACAACGUCCUGCUCUUCUUCUGUGACGUCGACAUCCACUUCACCGCCGACUUCCUGACUUCCUGCCGUCUGUACGCAGAGCCCGGUAAGAAAGUUUACUAUCCGGUGCUCUUCAGCCAGUACAACCCAUCUGUCAUCUACAGCAAUCACACGCUCCUGCCCUCUCUUCAACAGCAACUGGUGAUAAGGAAGGAAAGUGGAUUCUGGCGAGAUUUUGGGUUCGGGAUGACGUGCCAGUACAGGUCUGAUUUCAUCAACAUAGGUGGCUUCGACCGGAGCAUCAAAGGCUGGGGGUUGGAGGACGUGCACCUCUACAGGAAGUACCUUCACAGCAAGCUGAUGGUGAUCCGCUCCCCGUCCCGAGGCCUUUUCCACAUGUGGCACGAGAAGAGCUGCGCAGACGAGCUUCCCCCGGACAAGUACAAGAUGUGCAUGCAGACCAAAGCCAUGAGCGAGGCCUCGCACGGCCAGCUGGGGGAGCUCUUCUUCAAACGGGAGAUCGAGCUUCACUCGAAACGGAGCAACAGGAAAAUCUGAGCAUCUAAGUCUAGUUAUUACGUCAUAAUCCCUCUUGUGUGUGAUGCGUCUCUCAUUUUUUGUUUCACAAAGAAUGUGAAAAAAAUUAAAUGAAAGUAUGAAA